AGUGUGUCUGCUGUCGCAUCCGCAGCCAUGUUGUAAGACUCGCCCCAAUCCAGCUGAGGCCUGGUUAUCAGCGUCUUUGGUCCCUUAUCUCCGCCUCGUGGGCGCAUCAUAGGCCGGUGUUGGAUUCCCUGGUGGUCAAACAGCGCUACAGCCCUUCAGCCCUACUUGCGCUGUGAUGACGACUCUUUUGCGUCCCUUCUUGUGGCUGACCCGUUGAAUCAGCGUCCUUCCCCCACCUCCGCCUCGCUACACCGUCCCCGUCGCUUAUGCGGCCGGAGCGUCGAAUGGCAUGGCGGUGCCCGUUGUAGAAACCAACAAUAUACUCAGCCAUCCGGAGGGUGGCUGUUCCUUACAAGUCGGUGAAGGUACCUACCACCUCAGAGAUAACCUCCACUUGGCCACGCCUCCUCCUCAUCCCUCCGAAGCCCCCGUUGUGAAUCCCAAUCCGCUCGCGACCGUUCCGACCCCUCCGACAGCCGGCGUCAAGCUCUCACUAGUUAGCAUUGGUAGCCGGGUCAAGACUCCCAACCCCCCUCUGAACGGAGCCGGAACUGCACCUCUGUUUGGAGAGGGCAACCCAGCUUUGGCGGCCCCAGUUGUGAAGGAAGGGUUGAAGAGACGGAAACCAAAGAACAACAUCAUAAAGAGCAGCUCGUCAUUCGUUUCGCGAGUCAUCACACAUGAAGCGGCCACGAAACGAUUGAACGAUCGAAAUCCGGACGGGCUUUUCGCCUUUGCCAACAUCAACCGAGCGUUCCAGUGGCUAGACCUCAGUGCAAAGCAGAAGGAAGAACCCGUCACCAAGAUACUGUUCACCAGAGCGCACAUGAUCAGCCACGACAUUAAUGAGCUGACCAAGAGCUCGUCACACAUAGACGUUGUCAUGGGUUCGUCGGCUGGCGACAUCAUAUGGUACGAGCCGAUCUCGCAGAAAUACGCGCGGAUCAACAAGAACGGAGUCGUCAAUAAUUCUCCUGUGACCCAUAUCAGAUGGAUACCGGGUUCGGAGACUCUCUUCAUGGCCGCCCAUGCCGAUGGCCAAUUGGUGGUAUACGACAAGGAGAAAGAGGAUGCCCUUUUCACACCAGAGCUGAGCAGUCCGUCUGUUGAGAUGGUGAAGUCGCCGGGCCGACAACCACUGCAGAUCUUGAAAUCCGUCAACUCCAGGAACCAGAAAACGAAUCCGGUUGCGCUGUGGAAACUUGCGAACCAGAAGAUCUCACAAUUUGCCUUCUCUCCGGACCGCAGACACCUGGCUGUCGUCCUGGAGGAUGGCUCGCUGCGAGUAAUGGAUUACCUUAAGGAAGAGGUUUUGGAUAUUUUCCGGAGCUACUAUGGCGGACUGAUUUGCGUCUGCUGGUCGCCCGACGGCAAAUACAUAGUCACCGGAGGCCAGGACGAUCUGGUGACGAUCUGGUCAUUGCCAGAGCGCAAAAUUGUCGCACGUUGUCAGGGCCAUAACUCCUGGGUCUCUGCGGUAGCUUUUGACCCGUGGCGCUGCGAUGAACGGACAUACCGGUUUGGUAGCGUCGGUGACGAUUGUCGAUUGUUGUUGUGGGAUUUCAGCGUGGGAAUGCUGCACCGUCCUAGGGUACAUCAAGUCAGCGCCCGCCAACGCACCAGCAUGGUAGUUCCCAACACCCAACAAUACAACCGCCAUCGAGCCGACAGCGGAGCAAACCGAAUGAGGUCCGAUUCCCAAGAAACCGCGAACACGUACAACAGUUACGAUCCCACCGUUCGUCAUCCUGUUGAGCCCAGGGCGCGAACAGCCCUCCUCCCACCGAUCAUGUCUAAAAUUGUCGGCGAAGACCCGAUUUGCUGGCUAGGAUUCCAAGAAGACUCUAUCAUGACCUCUUCUCUUGAAGGCCACAUCCGUACCUGGGACCGUCCCCGAGAAGGGAUCAACGACAACUACAGUUCUUCGCCGGCGAUCAGCGCCAGCAUCACCGGGUCUCUCCUCGCUGACUCUAUGAUGGGAUCAUUGUGAACACUGCAGCAACACAACACUACCCAAAUUGCGGUCGCCCUGACGUAGUGCUAUUUCCGUAGCUGCUCUGUAAGAAUGCCUGUAAACUUCUAACCAGGAAUAAUAUACCCAUUGGAAUCAAUACCAAUACCUACCAUGCUU